AUAUGUUGUGAUAAAAAUUUGAUAAAAAUGAAUAUGAUAGGAAUGAGAAUGAAUGCUUUUAAUGAUUCUGGACUCGGAGAACCCGAACAAGAUGCUAAUAGUGCCCUUAUUGAAUUAGAUAAAGGCUUGCGGUCUAAUAAAAUAGGUGAACAAUGCGAAGCAAUAGUCCGUUUUCCUCGGUUAUUUGAAAAAUAUCCAUUUCCAAUACUGAUAAAUUCAUCUUUGCUGAAAUUGGCAGAAGUAUUUCGUAUGGGUAGUAAUUUUCUAAGAGUUUGGGUUCUUAGAGUAUGUCAGCAAAGUGAAAAACAUUUGGAUAAAAUAUUAAAUGUUGAUGAAUUUGUUAGACGUAUCUAUAGCGUUAUUCAUUCCAAUGAUCCAGUAGCUAGAGCUCUUACCUUACGUACUUUAGGUAGUGUAGCAGGAAUAAUACCUGAAAGACAACAGGUUCAUCAUAGUAUAAGAAGAUCUUUGGAUUCUCAUGACUCAGUCGAAGUAGAAGCUGCUAUAUAUGCUGCUCAAAUGUUUGCAGCACAAUCCAAAUUAUUUGCUGUAUCAAUGUGUAGCAAAAUUUCGGACAUGAUCAGAGGUCAAGCAACGCCAGCUUCUAUGAAAUUACAGCUUAUACCUAUUCUCCAAUAUAUGCACCAUGACACAUUCACUGCAUCAAUGGUAAAUGAAUUAUGUAUGGAACUUCUUGCCAGUUAUCCUGCGGUGGAAUUUGUGAGAGUAACACUGAGCGCGCUGAGCACUUUAGCUUCUGCUACAUUAAUAGAUAUUCCAGAACAAGUUGUAUUGCUUUUACGAUAUCUUCAUGACGACCCUCGGUUAUCUAUUAAACGCCAUGCUUUACAUUUACUUCAUACUCUUGCAAGACGUGGUGCACAUUUAUGGCCGUUAGGUGCUCUUAAUAAUUUGAUUGAAAGUACUACAAAAUUAUUACAAGAUGGUACUGGAAAUACAGAUCUUUUAGUUCGCACGUUAGAUGUAAUAGAGGUAUUAAGUCAAAGUGCUAUUACGUGCGAUGCUAAUAUGGACGAAGGUAGCCCACUUUUAUCCCUCUGCGUAAAUGCUUGUUAUUCUCCAGAUCCUUUCGUUGCUGUCAAAGCUGUAACUAUAUUAUCAAGAGUUGUAUGUUAUUGCUAUGAGGAGGGAUUACCAACAUUUGCCACUCAAGAUCUUGUAUCCUGUUUGGAGUCAUUGAUUAUUUUAUUAGCCUUAGAUGACAAACAUUUACAUCAACUUAAAGCUUGUCUACGUUCAACGGUAAAACUGUGCCAUGCACAACCUAGUCAUUGUCCUGUUUUUGUUGAUGCUAUUGGAUCUACGCUUAUUAGCACUAGCGCAGAAAAUGGACAAAGCGAGAAACAAGCAGUCGCAUUAUGCGAAGCUUUAGGAGCAAUUGGAAGUUUAGGAGAAAAUAUAUUACUACCACUUUUGCCUGAUGUAUUAAUAAAGCUUAAACAAACUUUACAUAUGCAUACAAAGGUAAUGUUGUGCACAUUGCUUUUCCAAAUGAUAGCAGGUGGAUACGAAUGGAAUUCCGAAUGUUUGAAAGCUAUAGAAGAUACAGUAAAAAGUGUCGAUGGUUGGUCUAAAUAUCGAAUUGCAAGAGGUGCUGCUAGAUAUGGUCAUCAUAUAGUUGCAACGCAAAUAUUCAAGAGUUUAAAGGAAGCUGUUGCAUCCGAACAACUUCACUUUUGGUUAUCAGGAUUGGAAUUAGUUACUAAAGCAGAAAGUUUUCUUAUGGAUAAUAUUGACGCAAUGGAUACUUCAAAGAAAGUGGACAUUGUUGAAAAAUUAAAUGCUUCUAUCGCACACUACGCAAGUGCUUGUGCAUCAUUGAAAGCUGCUAGUACACCUUUACGUAGUCUACAAUUUGCCAGUGAAUAUGCAAAAUUGCGUUGCGAAUUUUUACAAGCUGCGGUACAACUCUUACAUUCUUGCAGAUCUUUAUGUACUGCACCGCCACCUGCUAUCGCAUGCACAGUAGUUCUAGCAACAAAAGAUGAUCUUCAAAGGUACGGGCGUGUAACUUUACAGCUAAGAAAAUCAGUCCAAGAGUUGAAGAUAUGUGCUGAAAAUUAUCAGAAAUUGUAUCAAUCCGCUUUCGAUGCAGAUCCUGGUUCCUUAGCAAAUAUUAGAGCUUUGCAAGAAAUGUGUUGUUUAAUGGGAAAUAGUGUGGAACGAAUUUGCGGUGGAUCAACCAUAUGCAUGUAUCAACAAAACGAAGUGAAUUUUGAUUUCGGCGGAACGGUAGAAAUGCGUCAAUUGGCUCGUUAUUGUACAGAGUUGCGUCGUCUUUCACCACCAUGGGUGGGUGAAGGAAAAGCAGGUGGUAUUAGUCACGUAAGGGUUGGCUGUAUAAUAUCGCAAGUUAUGUUACUUGGUGCUGGAAAUAUGAGACUACCUAUUCCACGUUACUUCUUCCAAGCUUUACAAGCUACAAGCGUCAAACUUUCGGUGUCACCACAACCUCGAGUACUGGGAGAACCAGUUUCCGUACCCCAGGGUAGUCAAUUAGCAUUAAAGGUCGAGGGUGUGCUGCGACAUGGUAAACGCGCAUCUUUAUAUCGUUCAGUCUCAGCUGUGUGCAUUUCUAUAUCCACUACGCCUCCUUCCAAAAUCAAUUCGGAUCAAAAAGAUACUAACAUGAACGAGCUGCAUCAAACGGUAACACCUCAUCGCGACUUUUUCGCUUGUGAAUUUUUACUAUCUCUCGGAAGUGUACCAGUUUCGACUGUAGGAGGUGCAGGUACCUCAACCAAUACCGGCAAUUCGCAACUCGGUGGUGGUCAAUAUCAAGUAACAGCAAGUGCAAGUAUAUUAGACAAAGAUGGCAACGUUUGGAAGUGCGGACCACGUUCUACUCUUCAAGUGCGAGUGCACGAGGAACCCAUGAAGAGAAAAUUACCAUAGUGACACAAAUUAAUAUUAAUAUUUAAGUAAAUUAUGUAAUUACAUUAUACAACUU